AUGUGGAGCCCACACCAACAAUCAGUAGAACAACAAGAAAUUCAAAUUGCCCACCGGAUCAGACAGAUUCGGCAGGAGAGAGCCGAGUUGGUAUGACUAGAAUUCAAUGGCAUUAAAUUGCAUUAAUUGUUCAGAUCGCCGAAUCCUGGAACUUCAUCGAUAUUUCGGAUCCAUUCACCCGUCAGGCGAUUCUCCAGACGGAAACCGAUUGGAAUCCGGACGAUUUCGAGCAGCAGGCGAUGGUGGACCGAACGGUUUCAGUGGUAUGUCACUAAACUUUUCAUUAGCCCAUCAAGAUGUUUUUUGUAGCAAUUUCGCACUGUGCCAAAUGGGCCGCCUAUGUACUAUCCGGAGCAACAACAGCAGUUCAUGGGGCAGCAAAUGGGAAACGUUCCAUUCCAGGUGAGAUACUUGUCAAAUCACAUUUAUAACAUUUUUCAGAAUGGAAUGGGAGCUCCAAGUCCACACGUGCCUCCGCCAACGAUGAUGGGACCGCCGAUGGAUAUGAGACCGCCGAUGGCUAUGGGAUCGCCGAUGGUGAUGAAUCAGUGGUCAUGCGCUCCAACUCCGACUCAAGCAAACGACGGUUACCAAGCUGGGAUCUACUCGGAGCCGCCACCAUUUGUGCCCUCCCAAAGACCACCAAUGCCGACGCAGUGGAACGGGAACGUGCCGAUGGUGAGAAAAUUUCUCAGCCGAGUAACCAUCAUGCAUCUCUUCCAGAUACCACACCCGUCUCAGGUUCAAAUGAUGCCGCCUGCGUUUCCCGGUCCGCUGAUGCAGAUUCCACUCGUGUCUCCUGUUCCCGUGAUGUCGAUGGGACAGCCAAGAAAAGCGAUUGGUCAAGCUCCGCCGCAGUUCAAUGUAAGAAUGAAUAUAAUUUAAAUAAUAGCAACAAUUGUCCUAUUACAGCUGUCACACUCGUCGUACGACGGAAAUACAGAUCACUCGCGUGGAGUCGACUUCGUUCCGUCUCCGCCACCGUGCCAGUAUAUCCAAUUACGCACGACUGCCGAUGGACUGGAAUUGGAUAGGAGGACGCAACAAUUAGAGGGAAAUAAGGAUGUGAGCGGUUUGGAGCCAGAGAAUAAUUGUUCUCCUGGAUACGCGAACAGUCAAGAGUGAGUUCCUCCUGUUCUUUGAUUUUCAUUGAAGACCAUUGGUUUUUCAGGAUUUUCACUGCUUCGGAAGAUUCUUCUGAUGAAAUGCAGCCAACGGAGACAAUUGACGAGGAUGAUGACGACGACGACGAAGUGGAAGAAGACCCAGAGUUUGUGUGAGUCAUUCUUCUUGCAUCUGAUAACGCGUGGCUUUUCCUAAUGAAUUUUCCAUCAUUCAGCUUCGAGUACACCCCGCCAACUACAUCGGAGACAGUCGAACUCAUUCCGUCGGUUUCGCAGCCGGUUUUGCACAAGUACGUUGUCCUGUCUGAAUAAUCUACAACCAAUCAGUCAACCCAUCGUUUUCAGGCCUGUUGUCGCUUCCGAUCACACUCUCAAAUUCAAUGGAUAUGUGGUUCCGGCGCUUCCAGACCAGUUUCCAGCAGUGUAUCCAGUUCUUCUUUUGGCUAGAUGUACACGUACGUUUCAGGACCCUUCUGCAGUCCACAAAAAGGCAAUUGGAUGUGGAUCACACGCAGCAACAAACGGAGGUCAGCAAAGAUGAAAGUCUGCGCAAUGAACAGACGACUGAAGUGGAGUUUGAAGUUCCGAUCGGUGAAGAACAAGGAAUUGGAGGGAAAGCGAAUGAUGGACGAAUGGCGUCGGAGUACUACGGAAACGAAUACACCGACAGUAAAAAGUGAGUUCGUUCUCAUCAAAUUUAUGCAUUUUUUCUACUUUCUAUCAAAAACAGUGCACUUAUAGGAUUGUCAUGAGCUCCGGAAGCGUCGCUGAUGAAGUCAAGCUGACUGGCACAGUCGACGAUGAAGUCAAGGACAAGUUGGAAAAGGAUCCGGAGUAUCUGUGAGUAUUUAUACCCGCUCAAGGCGAUUUUCAUGGCUUUCUUGUACAAAAGUUUUGUUUUCAGCUGCGAGUGCACCUUGCCAGCGGUCUCGGAAUCCGUCAUGGUCGAGCUGUCGUCCUCGGCCCCACCGCAUCAUUUGGAGGUCACCGAUUUUGUUGCUGUUGAUGUUUCCGACGACGCUGGCGAGAUCGAUGUGUGUGUGCAGAAAGCCAAACUGCCCAGCCCUCCGACUUGGCCGCAUCCUGAUCAGUUGCUGAACGAUACGGAGUUUUCAUCGUUGUCUGCGUCGUUUGAGACGCGGAAAGUUGUCACGACUGUGGUAAGCAAUUGAAAUUAAUCGCGCAACGCGAAUUUUCAAUAUUGCAGAACGGCACGGAUACUCCCGCUUCAAUGCCGCAAACCGGACCACGAACAGAAGUGUGCACGCGCAAGCACAAGACUCGGAAUCAGUUGCAAGUGGACCUGGCGAAUAAAAAUGAUAAUGGAAGCCCGGCAAGAGAAAACCUGGACAGCUCAGGGCGGGUACAAAAAGGUGAAGGACAGAAGAUUUUCGAGUCGGAUGUUGCUGCUUCCGAUUUUUCUAACAGCCAAGAGUAAGUUCAACACAUAAUCAGUGUCAUUUUACACUUCUCGUCAAGUUACUGGGCUAGACAAAGGCUUUUUUAAAGCUUCAUAGUGGGGGAUAAUCAAAUUAAUACAUGCAACUUGUUCAAAGUUAGAGGCAAAUAGGAUAAUUUAAACUAAAACAAUUUCUCUUGCCCAUGUUUUUUCACUGCCAGCGUCUUGGCUUUCUAUUUUGAACUUUCCUAUUUCCAGGUACACUCCAAACUCUGCGCCGCCCCUUGCCAAGGCGACGAAGUCGUACUCGGCUGCAUUGUAUCGAGGAACUCUUCCGAACUAUUCUUCGAUUCGACAGGAUCAAUCGAAAUUCCCUCCUCUGGGAUCAGAUCCGCCACCAAGACAAAUUAUGGAGAAGAAGCAGCAUGGUCAGGCCGCGGCGAAGCCUGCUCUUGUCGCAAUUCUCUCUGCUUCUCGAGUCUUGCCUUCCCAGCAACAGCGUGGCUUGGCAUCGGGUGAAUUAGACAAUGAGCGAGUGACAAUAGUUCGGCCAAAUCCUCCCAAGCCCAAAAAGGUGGAUUCGGAUGGUUUUGAAGCCGUUGGCCGUCCAAGGUGGGAACAUCAAAAAUAGUGCUUGCAUCUCAAUUAUUCCGCUCAGAUCUUCCCGUGUCACUCCUUCCAUCCCACAAACAAAAGUACAGACUGCUGAGAACACUGGAAACAGCAGUGGCACGUCUAAGAACGAGUCGGUCUCGGAGCAAACGGAGAGUUCGGAGAAGUGCACAACGCCCGAAUCGGAACCGGAAACUGACGAGCUGCCUUAUCCGAAAUCAACCGCACUGCGAAAGAAGAGAAAGAACAGAGGGAAGAAGCAGAAGAAAGUUCCUGAAUUGGCUGACGAGGAGGAAAUGGCUCGUGCCAAGGCUGAAAAAGAGCAGGAAGAGAAAGAGAAGGCGGAAGAAGUGGAGAAGUACAGCGGACAGUGCCAAAUAAAGGAGCAGGAGGUCGCAGCAGAAAGGAGGCGAGUUGCCCGAAUUGUCAUCGAACGUGAGUUUUUUUUCUAGCUUAACACACCAAACAAAUUUGAUUUUUCCAGAAGUUCUCGAGCAGCACAAAUACUUUAAUCCCAAGCAGUACAAAGAACAAGGACGCCUCGUCAUCCGAGCACUGGUGACGUUCGUGGAGGCAAUCAAGAAUCCGGGCGUCGGAAAGGGUCUUCCUGGUAUGUUUUCACUGAAUUUCCCCUGUUUAUCGAGUUCAUUUCGUCUUGUCUCAGCUUACGACAAGGAAUUAUCGCGCAUCGUUGUAUACCGGAAUUACCCGGAGCAUCCGGAUAUCACCGAUGCGCGGGACAACGAGAUUCGAUAUUCGCUCUUCACGAAAAUGCAGAAGCUCGCUGGGAAAAAUGACUUCGCCGACCAGAUGAAGUACAUUGUUUAUGUACGCUUGCUCAGACUCUACCACUCUGAUUUGGGACCGUCGUUGUGGGAGGCGAUGUCGCUCGUCUUCUAUGACGACAAAUUCGAACGCUCGUUCAUCAACGUGAUCCUCAGACAGCGUUUCGCUGCUAACCAGGAUUACGUAAUUUUAUAAUAAGAUUCCAGAAUAAGUUGAACUUUUAUUCAUUGUAUUGCAUUCAGAUUUUGUCAACUAUCGGUUUUUUCAAGUUAAAUAAACGGGUUUCAAUUGGGUUUUCACCUUCAGACACGGAUUUCCGCAUUGUUUCACAACAGCAUUCUGAUGAGAUGAGUCACGAAAAGGGGAGGAGUCGGUAGGAUGAGCUGGCGAGGAGAGUACGCGUCCGCCCUCGCUCCUCAGCCCACUUUUCUUCUUUUCUCCGUUCUGCCAACAUUGAUGAAAUAUCCAUCAAAAACAGAAGAAAGUACUUGCUCCCGCGUCGUUACUUUCUACCGAUCACGUUUUCCUCUCUUUUUUCCGACUUUCGAAACAACUACUCUACCUUCCAUUCAGAUCGAUGAUCUUCCUCUGUCAAAAUUGCGACAAUCUGUCAAAUUUAUAUCGUUAGCUAGGAAAUGCCAGAAUAUCAGCACUUUUGGAUAAAAUUGAAGAUCUAGUCUAGUCCGGCGUGGUGUACAUUUGUCCCACGUUAUGUGAGAAGAACGGUAGCUACUCAUAACAAAGCAAACAUAAGUACUGCGUUGAUCGUCUCAUUCGUUGAUUCAUCGACCUUCACCCACUUUCUCGCUUCUCUGUCUGACCUUUCGUUGCUCUUUUCUAACAGAACACUCUGCAUUUAUUUAAUGGUGUUUAUGGGGAACUGAGGGCUUUUGCAUAUCACUGUUGUCACAUUUUUCGUUUUACAGAACUCCACUCCCGAAAUGCAUCGACUCAGUCAAGCGGAAAUGACCGAAAUCGGUCAAUUCCGAGAGCAGGAAGCUGCGCGGUCGUACGCAGUGAGUUUUAUGCAUUUUUUCGGGCUGAGAUAAUCAUCAUCGUUGUUCAGGCCUUCGAGAUGUGGCGGAAUCUCGACAUUUCGGACGAGAUGACCACGAAGUUCGUCCUCGAUCACAAGACCAUGUGUCGAAGCGAGUUCGAAGGAGUGCUAAUGAGCACCACGCGAAUUGUUUGUGAUUUACGACCAGAAACAUUUAAAUCAACUGAUUCUUCCAGGGAAAGAUGGGGAACGUCUAUCGACCAUUCGGGUGUCGAAUUGAGGAAAUCGUGAGUUUUACAAGAAGAAAACAACACAAUUUUGUUAUUUUUCAGCAGCACUAUCACGGUGACGCGGCAGAUAGUGAACUUUUCGGCCCAUACUCAAAGCUUUAUCCGCAUCUCGGAUGGCCAGUGUCUGUCGACGGACAUCCGAUCACGAGCGCUCCCUACUACUAUCGGCCGCCGCCACCACCUGCCGUUUUUUAUAAUCCGCAGACAUCGACUGAUUGCAAUAAGGGAAACGUGCUCGUCACAAUGCCGCCAGAUAGCCCAGAAUCGGCUUUUCUGAGGUUAGAGAAAACUGGAGCGUUUCAAAAGAAUAUUAUUUUCAGGGCCUCGGUUCGGAAUGAUCCGACGGGAACUGACGGAAAAGAGCAAAUUCAGGAGUCUGUGUCAGUUGGACAAAACGUCGUGGAGCAGGCGGAAGUCGAGAAUAUUGAAUCGGAACGUAUUGCAAAUGUGGACACGAAGCAAAUCAGUGAGGAGAAGACGGAGCAGGUCGUCCAGGGAAACUCGGCAUCAAUCGACAACGCGGCUGCGGAGCAAGUCGCCGAGAGGGCCACGGAACAGGUCGUUGAGGAAGGCGGUGAUCAAGUCAAUGAGGGGAGCAGAGCCGUCGAGAGAGGGUCAGAGCAAGUCGACAGGGAGAAGGCGGAGCAGCACGUUCAGGGAACCUUGGUGUCGAAGCAAGUUUCCGAAAAAACUAUUGAGAAAGUUGACGAAGAGGUCGUGGAGCACGUCGUGAAGGAAGGUGCCGAACGAGAUGUCGAAAGAGGAUCGGAGCCAGUCUGCCAAGAAACAAUCGAUAAUGAAGGAGCGAAGUCUGUCGGAGAGACAACAAUUGAAGCGAUUACGGUUGAACAGAAUGAGACGCCAGAGCGAACGUGGGCCAAGGCCACUGGCAAGCAGACGAACGCGACAAGUUCAAUUCAGAUGAUUGCACCGAAUACAACUCAGAAAGCAGACUCGAAUCCAUCAGCUACCCCUUCUGAAAAUUCUUCUCGACGCAAAAAUCAGUACGUUUUCUCGCUUUUCGAAAUGACCACGAUUGCUUUUCAGCCUUGGAUCUUCUGAGACGUCUUUCUUGACGUCGAUUCCGGAGUGCAGCACUAGGUACCGAGGAAAAAUAUUCUGUAUAAAGCAGCUUUACAAUUUUUAGCUCUGCCAGUCAGCAACAGAAGGCUAAAGAACCGAGAACCGCGCCCAAACCUUCAAAAUCAAAAAUUGUGGACUCGGAGGGUUUCGAAAUGGUUAUUUCCAAGUGAGUUUUAAAGAAAAAGAACUUCCAAUUUACGUUUCACUUGCAGAACUUCAAGGCCGCCACCGGCUCCUGCUCCGGCUCCGAUCUCAAGACCGUCAACCGAGGCAACCGCUACUCCGCCCAUCAAAAAGCAAACAGUUGUGACGGUUCCGAUGGAACAGAAGAAUGAGGAACCGAGCCAGAAAAAGAAGGAAAACCAGAAGAAAAAAGCUAAGAAAAACAAGAACAAGAAAAGCAAUAAGGCGGUACAAAAGAACAAAAACGGGAAAAAGGACGAAGAUCUCGAUUCGGAAACGGAGGAAAUGCUGGAGAAUGGUAGAAGGGAAAGAGAGGCCAUGGAAAUAGUGAAAAGAGCAGAAGAAGCGGAGAAGAAGGCGGCAGAGAAGCUUGCGGAGGAAGAAGCGAAGGAGGCGGAGAGGCUUGCUGAGGAAAAAGCGAAGGCUCCGCGGGAGAUCCAACAAAAAAGUGAUGAAUUGGCCACAAAAAUUCUUCUCCAUAACGGUGAGUUUUGCUCAAUAACGUUUCCCUAUAAGGUUCGAAUCUUUUUUCAGUGAUUGCUCGUCUUGAAAAUCAGAAGGCCAGGGAGGAAGGAAAGAAGCCGCCGCCGCCGUCAGAAAAUUCAAACAAAUCUGAGAAGGAGGACGAUAGCAAUCUUAGCAUAGGCGUUACUCCGAAUGAUAUCAAAGCAGUAGGUGCGGCCAUCAACAAGUUCAUCAGUAACAUUAGCGAGGCAGCGAAGAAAGCAGCAAGUGAUGGAAAAGGUGGAGAAUUCUCUUUUUCUCAAUGUUUUGCUAUAGAUGAAUAAACUUUUAUAGACGCAUUUGUAUUCAAUGAAGGCGAACAUCAGAUCAUUUUCCCUAUCAGAGACGUAAACGAAGACGUGAAAGUGAGAAUCGCACGAGACAAACGCUGUGUGCUCUACCUGAUGACAAUAGCACAACGGUUAAUACAUCCGAAUCCUGAACUGCAAUUUAUGCGAGUAACGACUUUCCCCAUUUUAGCGGAUGAAUAUGUUACUGGUCUCGGACCUUUUAUAGAUAAUCUCAGAUCAUGCGAGGGUCCUGAGUACGUGUUCCAAGAGCUUAACUUACUAAGAGCAAUCAUCGAUUGCAUUGAACCCCCAUCCUCCGAAUGUUGACUAAAUUUGUUUGAAUUAGAAAUAAUAAACAUGUAUUUUUGAGAAAGCGUUCUCAUUGUUUGCUUCUGUCGCAUCACAAUCAUGCGAUGAUUCACCGUGAAUGUACGGACUCUCAAUCCUUCUGGCCUCCCUCGGCUGCCUGUCACUUUCCCGCUUUGCGCCAUUCUCAAAACAAAAGAAACUAUUUCCUCUAUUUCCAAUUGAGAAUCAGAGCAAAUGCUCAGCAGAAUGCGAGCAGAUUCUGCAAUUCAAGCGGAAAUCGAAGAGAUUCGGAAGAUACGAAAGAAGCAGUUGAGAUCAAUUCGUCGGGUAAGAGUUUCCACCCCAGUAUUCGAAGAAUACUUAAUUUCAGAUUACUAACGGCUGGGAUCACAUCGAUCUGAAGGACGCCAGAACUCGUGGGCUUGUGCUUAAUGCCUCGAGCAGCAAAGAUCCGAGAGCAAUGAUCAAAUUCGAGGACGAUGCUUUUGUGAAUGGGUCUAUCGACGUGGUGAGUACCUCUGAAUGAUCACACCUGAAGAGAUGAACAUUUGCAGAAGUUUGUUGGUAAUUAUCGAGUCCCGAAACCGAUCGAUGAACGCGCACGCUGCUCGCACGGCCAUUCCGUCCCUCAGAAACAACCUCAACAGUGCAUUUUGCUCCCGCCUAAAGCGAAAGACCAAAAACACCUCAAAAGUGAAACUGACUCAGAGGUUUCUUUUAAAAACUUUUUUCAAAUUUAUAAUUUUUUUACAGGAAACUUGUGCGGAACAGCAACUGGAAGAGGCAAAUGACGAGAAUCACGCGGAGAAAGAAUCAAACUUUGAAAGCAAGUGAGUCAUUUCUGGCAUUCAUUCUAUAAGAAACGGAAUAUGUCAAUUUUCGCUCAAAAUCGGGCCGCCCUGGCGCGGCUGAUCUUUCUUUUGUCAGCAAAGAAAACGACAAUGACUUACAGAGAGGUAGUUCCGAUCGGCACUACUUCAAAAACAGCAAAAGAUGAACGAGUAAUUUGGUCAGUACUCGAAAACUUAAAUUUUGCAUUCAUGAACAAAAUUUCAGCCCGGAAAUUGAUAAAUACGUCGAGAUUGUUGCAAAAUCCUGUCAGAACAUUGACAUUCUGAACGAGUUGGCGGAAGAAGUCAUCACGAAUGAGAAUAAGUUAGUUGAGCGCCACGUAUCGCAAAUUCCAUUUUCUUUUUCAGUUUAUGUCCAGUCGUUCCAAAAAGAAAAAAAGAGGGUUUCAAUGAGGUGAAAAUACUGGAUUUCUUCUCUCAACUGAAAAAUUUAGCGUGAUUUUUCGAUUUUUGCGAAAAAUUCUUUAGCUUCACAUUUCAGAAAGAUUACUGACGCCGUUUCUAUGAAAAUAGACGAAGGAUAUGCUCAGGAGAUGAUUGAAGGUAAUCGGCGUUCAAAAACAUCAUCACACAAGAAGUUUUCAGAUAACAUGACCGAAGAGGAGCUAGCCGAAUCUCUUGACGAUCAUCCGUUUGAAAUCAUCGAAUCCAUCGAUCAUUUCAUCGAAAGACUGCAAAAAGAGGACGGAAAAUCGGUUCUCCGGAGAGGUAUUUCACGUUAAACUUAAAGUCAGUCGCUGAUUUUUGAUUUCCAGAUCUAAAACACAUGUCGCCCGACGAGAUUCUUUUUCUCGCCUGCCUUCGCAACAAAAACAAACUGAAAAAAGAGGAGUUGGCGGUCGUCAACACGAUGGUGAACGAGUUUAUGGAGAUGAGAAUUCAGGAAUUGAAGAAGGAGAAUCUUCCGACGAGUCACGUCCGGCACGUUUACUACCGAUUCCUCAUCAACAGAUACAACCCACUUCUCGGUCCGAUUCUGCAAUAUUUGGCGAUGGCGAAUGCGGACAAGCUACGUGGCAUCGAAUGGUCCUUGUUCAACGUCAUCUCCAACAUCGGACAGAAGAAUGAGGGGUCCCCGUGA